AUGGCAUGGAUGUAUGUCAAUUUCUUGCCUGACUCUCAGCAACCACAGCAGAGCUCUAAGAAAGGAAAGCUUUCAGAACAAUUAAAACAUUGCAGUGUCAUUUUGAAGGAGCUACUCUCUAAGAAGCAUGCUGCCUAUGCUUGGCCUUUCUAUAAAACAGUGGAUGCUUCUGCACUUGGCCUGCAUGACUACCAUGACACCAUUAAGCACCCCAUGGACCUCAGCACUGUCAAGCGGAAGAUGGAGAACCAUGAUUUCUGGGAUGCACAGGAGUUUGCUGCUGAUGUGCAGCUUAUGUUCUCCAGCUGCUAUCAGUAUAGUCCCCCAGAUCACGAGAUUGCGGCAAUGGCAGGACAGCUACAGGAUGGUUUUGAGUUCUGUUAUACCAAGAUGCCAGAUGAACCACUAGAACCAGGGCAUUUACCAGUCUCUACUGCCAUGCCCCCUGGCUUGGCCAAAUCAUUUUCAGAGUCCUCCAGUGAGGAAAGCAGCAGUGAGAGUUCCUCUGAGGAAGAGGAGGAGAAAGAUGAGGAAGAAGAAGAGAGUGAAAGCUCAGACUCAGAGGAAGAAAGGGUUCAACGCUUAGCAGAACUACAGGAAAAGCUUCAGGCAGUACAUGAACAACAGGCUGCUCUGUCCUAGGGUCCAACAUCCAAGCCCAAAAGGAAAAGACAGAAAAAAGAGAAAAAGAAGAAACGGAAGGCGGAGAAGCAUCAAGGCCAAGCUGGGGCCGAUGAAGAUGACAAGGGGCCUUGGGGACCCCACCCACCUCAGCCCAAGAAGUCCAAGAAAGCAUGUGGCAGUGGGGAUGGCAGCGCUGCUUUAGACCCUUCUGGCUUCGGACCUUCUGGAGGAAGUGGCACCAAGCUCCCCAAAAAGGCCACAAAGAGAGCCCCACCUGCCCUGCCUACAGGUUAUGAUUCAGAGGAGGAGGAAGAGAGCAGGCCCAUGAGUCACGAUGAGAAGCGGCAGCUGAGCCUGUACAUCAACAAAUUACCUGGGGAGAAGCUGGGCCGAGUUGUGCAUAUAAUCCAAGCCAGGGAGCCCUCUUUACGUGAUUCAAACCCAGAAGAGACUGAGAUUCAUUUUGAAACACUCAAGCCAUCCACACUUAGACAGCUUGAGCGCUAUGUCCUCUCCUGCCUGCGUAAGCAGCCCCGGAAGCCCUACACCAUUAAGAAGCCUGUGGGAAAGGCAAAGGAGGAACUGACUUUGGAGAAAAAGCAGGAAUUAGAAAAGCGGUUACAAGAUGUCAGCGGACAGCUCAAUUCUACUAAAAAGCCCCCCAAGAAAGCGAGUGAGAAAACACGGUCAUCCUCUGCACAGCAAGUAGCAGCGUCACGCCUUAGCGCUUCCAGCUCCAGCUCAGAUUCCAACUCCUCCUCUUCAUCAGCCUCUUCUUCAGACACCAGUGAUUCAGACUCAGGCUAAGGGGUCAGGCCAGAUGGGGCAGGAAGGCUCCGCAGGACCGAACCCCUAGACCACCCUGCCCCACCUGCCCCUUCCCCCUUUGCUGUGACAUUUCUUCAUCUCAUCCCCCUGGCCCCCUCUAGGAGAGCUGGCUCUGCAGUGGGGGAGGUAUGCAGGAUCAUUUACUGAAGGAGGGACAUGGACAAAGUAACACUGAAUUCCCAGCCCCAUUGGGGAGUGACCUCUUGGACACAGAGCCCCCAUGCAGAUGGGGCAGGGCAAGGGGGUAUAGGGUGGGAGUGUGCAAAGUCCUGAUCUGGAGUUACCUGAGGCCAUAGCUGCCCUAUUCACUUAGUCUAAGGGCUCUGUUUUGAGGUUGUUUGCUCUAAUUUAUUUUAAGCUAGGUAAGGAUGGGGGGAGGGUGGGCCGUGGUCCCCUCAGGCUCCAUGGGGAGGGAAGAAGGGGGAGCUUUUUUUUUACCUUGACUUUUUUUUUUUUUUUCCUACUCUGUUUUCCCUUUUUCCU